CGCAUAGGCUGCUGGGAUGCCACCUCCUACCCCCAAUCCGGUCUUCCAGUUUCCCGGCGUGCUUCGGGCCCGCCAAAUGGGAGGGGGAGACGCAAGAUGGCGGCAGCCGCGAACUCGGGCUCCAGCCUCCCGCUGUUCGACUGCCCGACCUGGGCAGGUAAGCCCCCUCCUGGUUUACAUCUGGAUGUAGUCAAAGGAGACAAACUAAUUGAGAAACUGAUUAUUGAUGAGAAGAAGUAUUACUUAUUUGGGAGAAACCCUGAUUUGUGUGACUUUACCAUUGACCACCAGUCUUGCUCUCGGGUCCACGCUGCACUGGUCUACCACAAGCAUCUGAAGAGAGUUUUCCUGAUAGAUCUCAAUAGUACACACGGCACUUUCUUGGGUCACAUUCGGUUGGAACCUCACAAGCCUCAGCAAAUCCCCAUCGAUUCCACAGUCUCUUUUGGUGCAUCCACAAGGGCGUAUACUCUGCGUGAGAAGCCUCAGACAUUGCCAUCAGCUGUGAAAGGAGAUGAGAAGAUGGGUGGAGAGGAUGAUGAACUCAAGGGCUUACUGGGGCUUCCAGAGGAAGAAACUGAGCUUGAUAACCUGACAGAGUUCAACACUGCCCACAACAAGCGGAUUUCUACCCUCACCAUUGAGGAGGGAAAUCUGGACAUUCAGAGACCAAAGAGGAAGAGGAAGAACUCACGAGUGACGUUCAGUGAGGAUGAUGAGAUCAUCAAUCCAGUGAGCCCUAUACCCUUAUACUUCCUAGCAGAGUACCAAGCCAACCCUGCCCUCAUCUCUUUUUGCAGAGGAUGUGGAUCCCUCAGUUGGUCGCUUCAGGAACAUGGUGCAAACUGCAGUGGUCCCAGUCAAGAAGAAGCGAGUGGAAGGCCCUGGCUCCCUGGGCCUAGAAGAAUCAGGGAACAGGCGCAUGCAGAACUUUGCCUUCAGCGGAGGACUUUACGGGGGCCUGCCCCCCACACACAGUGAGGCUGGCUCCCAGCCGCAUGGCAUCCACGGGACAGCACUCAUUGGUGGCUUGCCCAUGCCAUACCCGAACCUCGCCCCUGAUGUGGACUUGACUCCCGUUGUGCCGUCGGCAGUGAACAUGAACCCUGCGCCAAACCCUGCAGUCUACAACCCUGAAGCUGUAAAUGAACCCAAGAAGAAGAAAUAUGCAAAAGAGGCUUGGCCGGGCAAGAAACCCACACCUUCCUUACUGAUUUGAUAUUUUUGGUUGUGGAGAAGGGUGGGAUUGGGUGGGAAUGGGGUUAGAAGGGUGAUGGGGGAGCUAAUGAACUAGGGAGAAAAACUUUCCAUGUGUUCAGUAUCGUCUUUCAGACUGUCUCCUGGGGUCCUAACCAUGUAACAUUAAAACUGGGGUGGGGUUGAAAUAUCCCAUAAAGACCUGUCUUCAGAACACUUUGAGUAUAGAGAAAGAUUUCAUAUAUCCUCUUACGUAGAUUGACUGCCCAGGCUCUUUCCCCAGCUUUCCACUACCUCCUUCUUUCUUUCUCCCUCUUUCUAGGAUACUUUUAUGGAAAGUCAGAUAUCCCAGGCCCUCAGGUUGAUGCCAGAGCUGUGGAGGUUACAGUAGCAUCACCAGCCUGGGGGGUCCAGUAGCCUAAUUUGUAUCUACUAUCCUUGCAAGUCCCAGAUAGCAAAAGGGUUGCCGUGGAUCCCAGGUUGAUCAAAAAGAAGGCUUAGAAUUCUGUAGUUAAGCCAAGGUUUAAACUAAAAAAUGUUUUCUUGGGUCAGUGGUUUUGAGGUCCAGUAGUUAGGCUUUUCUCUUUUGUCCUUUCUGUUGGAAUGAGAACAUUUUGAUUUUCCUUCGUCUGUGACCAGUGGCAUAGACACAGGUUUACAGUUUUUAACUUACAGUAUUGUUUGAACUUUGUUUUCUUGUCAAACCUGAGCACUCCACUUGCUGAAGUUUCUUAUUUAAUUCCAGAAUACUAUCCUCUACUUUCUGUGGCAUUACUUUCCUUUUUAAGUGUGUUUUGAAGGCAAUUUUUAAAGGAUAUGACCAGUUAGGGCAAUUCAAAUUAAAAAGGAAAAGAUUUUACUUUGCAAGUAGCUGAUGUCUCUAAGAAUUUCUAGAUGUUGGCUUGGAGGCUCUUCCCCCCUGGAUUGAGAGCUCUCGUUACCUGGAGCUCUAGGACUAGACCUGGCUAACAAACAGGAGACGAAGGUAGGAAACAUUGAUAUGAGCUUUGUACAGAGAUUUGUACAUUUGUGUAAUAGGCCUUUUCACGCUUUAUGUGUAGCUUUUUACCUGUAACCUUUAUUACAUUGUAAAUUAAACGUACCUUUUGUCAUU